AGAAUUAUUUGUCUAGUUUUAACAUGAGUCAAUUAACUUCCUGGAUGAAUCGAAGUGUGGAUCCAUGCACAGAUUUUUACGAAUUCGCCUGCGGUGGUUACAUCCAAAAAACGUCAAUUCCAAGCGGUUUUAAUGAGUGGAAUCCACUUAAAGCAAUGUCAGAAUCGAUACUUUUAACUAUAAAAGAUAUAUUAGAAAAUCCUCAUACAAAAUACGAAGCAAGGGCGGAGAGAUUGGCCAAGACAUAUUAUGAUUCUUGUAUGGAUGAGGCCAAUAUUAUAGAAAAAUUGGGUGGAAAGCCAUUAACCGAUCUAUUAGACUUAUAUGGAGGUUGGGAUGUGUUGAACGUGGAUAACAAAUCUUCCCCUUUCAUAGAUGAAUCUUCCAGCUUAAAGAAAAUCAGAUACCCUGAUGGCUUUCUCGCCAAUUUCGGAUUUAUAUUCUUUGAACUAUAUCCGUGUUUAGACCCCAAAAACUCUUCCAAAUACAUACUCUGCAUCUCUCCAGGGGAACUCACCCUCCCAUAUCGUGAUGAUUACUAUAGCAAUGCUACCUAUAACAUUACACGUUACGAUGCUUAUUUAGAGUACAUGAUGAACGUUGGAAAUUUGCUGGUAUAUAGUGCAGGGGCCCCUAAAUUUUCCAAAACAGGGAGCAAAGAUAGAAGAUGCAAUCAAAGCGAUACUAAUCUAACUUGCCACGCUUCGGGCAAAGAAGAUUAUCGGACGCAGAUAAAUAAUGGACUCGCAUUCGUUAUGAAGAACGUGCUAAUAUUUGAGUGUAUACUACAUUUCCGCUAA